AUGACGCACCUAGUCGGGACCCCGGGAGAUCGUCCCUCGCGAGAAGAGCCCCAAGACGAGUGCCCCGCUACAGCUUCGGAGCAAUAUUGGCGCCUAUUCAAUGGCCCGAGCUUAUCUCCGCCCGACGCCACUGUCGUGCCCCCAUCCGUCUCCCCCGAGGCCUUCCACGACCUCACCCACCAAGUGAGGGCGCUGGCGGGUAUGGUGCAGACCAUCGUUCCGCUCAUCCCCCGGUCAGCGGACCAGCCCUUGCGUCAACGAGAGUCCGCCCCUCGGGAGCAUGCGACGCCCCCCGGGGCCCCCCCGUCGCCUCGAAACCAAACGACCCGGCUCGGAGACCGGGAGACCGUGGGCACGCUGAACCGCCCCGAACCCGAGCGGCCACCCGCGGACUCAACCAACAUCCUACAAGCACAGCUGCACCUCUUCAACCAACGUCUUAACGAGGUACAGCAAGAAAUCCGCAGGUCGAAAGGGGAGCCUGGAACGGAUGGAUACCAAGGGUCCCCAUUCGCGACCGAGAUACAAGAUCAGGCCAUCCCACCGCACUUUCGGCUCCCAUCCCUGGACACCUAUGACGGCGCCACCGAUCCUGCGGAUCACGUAGCCGCGUUUCGCGCCCAAAUGGCGCUAUACGGAACUUCUGACGCCCUGAUGUGCAAAGCCUUCCCGACGACCUUGAGGGGAUCGGCCCGCGUGUGGUACGGCGGCCUCAAGGCGGGAACCAUCUCCUCCUUCGACCAGCUCGCCCGGGACUUCGAACUCAACUUCCUCGCUUACGCCCGCCCGAAGCCAUCCGCGGCACUGCUCCUCGGACUCAACCAAGGGGAAGACGAAUCCCUUUCCCGCUUCUUGGACCGUUUUACGACACAGAUCCGAGGGCUCUCGGACGCUCAUCCUUCCCUAUUAAUGCAGGCAUUCAUGAUAGGCUUGCGGCCCUCCAGGUUCUUCUGGUCCCUAGUGGAGCGACCCCCCACGACUGUGCCCGAGAUGCUUCAGAGGGCAAGCCAGUUCGUCGCUGCAGAGACGUGGAUGGCUGGGAGACCCGGGAGACACAAAGCGACCAAGUCAGAGCCGCCUCGGCAGCAACAUCCUGCAACAUCCCGGCGUAGAUCAGAUAGAUCCGACCCACCGACUCCGAGGUCCCCUCCCCCUACUUUGAAUUCAUCCCGAACGGAUAUAUUCCUUCAUAUAAGGGAGAAAGGACUGCUCAAAGAACCCUACCCGAUGAGCAACCCCCGGGCGUUGGCAGAUCAAUCGAAGUACUGUCGCUUCCACCGGCAACGGGGACACAACACUGAACAUUGUCGGGAAUUGAAAAGACAGAUCGAGGAGCUCAUCCGCAGGGGGCACCUCGAUCAGUAUCUCCGCCCGAACAAAGAAUCUUCGCCACGCCCGGAGGGGCCCGUCGAGCGACACAUCGACGUGAUAUCGGGCGGCCCCGCAUCCGGGGGGGACUCCAUGGCCCGAAAGAAGGCGUACGCCCGAGCCGCCUCGGAUGAAGAUUCCGAGCUAUAUCGGGAUGAAGCCCGCCUCGGAUGA